CUGGUAAAGCUGGCGCAUCAGUCACUUUCUAGUUGUUCCACGGAUUAUUCGAGAAAAAUGAAGAGCAUCGUUGCUAUCAUCUUGGCCGUCGCGCUGGUCUCCGAGGCGAAAGUUGCACCGUCUAGUGCCACAAAUUCCCAAGCAUCGCCUGAAGUUCAAUUGACCGAGCUCAUCAAUCAGGCUCAAACGAACAUCAACAAUUUGGCGAAACAAAUCCAGGAACAAUGGAACAUCCCUGACCAGGAGACCAUCGUUAAAACUGUAAAAGAACAGAGCACCAAUUUCGUUACCAAUAUUCAAGAAUACAUGAAGAACAUUACUGAAGAGGUAAAAAAUAAGAGUCCUGAAUUGGAACGUAUGUGGGUGGACGUUAAAACCAAACUAACAAAGGUCGUCGAUGAUAUUAACAGCGGAAUCCCGAAUGCUCAGCAACAGGUUGCUGAUCUGCAAGCCAAGUUUCAGCAGGGAAUUCAGACCGUCCUUAAAGAAUCUGACACUGCCGCGAAAUCUCUGAGCCAACACUCUGGAAAAGUCCAAGAGGAUCUUGCAAAGUUCACGAAACAAGCAGUUGAUAUUGCUGUACAGGCAACGCAGAAUUUGAACGCUCACCUUCAACAGGCGGCCGCAGCUCAGAAAAGCUAAACAGCCGACACCGUCCGAUGCUAACAUUCGAGAAUGUACUAACUUACCGUUAAAAAAGAGAAUAGAAGAG